AUGUCAAAUAACAAACGAAUGUCGGCGAUUCGAUUGGUGGUUAAUGAAGGAACACCAAAUUAUGGUGGUGUUGUCAGUUUUACACCACAAUUUGGAACUAAAAAGUGAGUUGAGUUAUGAUAAGUAGAUAACAAAUAACUUCUUCUUUUUCUGUUUUUUUUUGAGUUGCACUUUUUCAGAACAUCUCAAAAAAUAUCAGAUUUUUCUGUCAGAAAGUAUUCUCUUGAGAUUUGCCUUAAAAAAUAUUUUAAACUUAUUUCUUCCCAUUUCCGUUCGUUUCUUUUUAUUCUCAAAAUGUUCCGAUUAAACAAUAACAAAAGGUUUGUGUAGUUCUUUUGGACGAAAAAAAAAAAUGUCUUAUCAACGAAAAAAAAAAGUGAUAACAAAAUUUUAUUUAAAAAAAAUUUUCCCGCUCUAAAAUGCGAACCUCUUCAAUUUCCUAUGUUGUUGGUGUAAUUGAACACAACGCAAAACAAGCAAGGUGAUUUUGAGAAUUUCCAUUUUUUUUACAAACUUCACGCGAAAGCACUUUUUCGAAUAAAUUCAAUUGCAUUUUCUCUUCAGGAAAUUGUGUGCAAGAUUUUUCAAAAGUUUUCUUCAAGGUUGUUUUUUUUGCAGUUUAUUUUUUAUUAAAAUUAUUUUGAGCCCAAAUUUAGUGUUUGAUCCAAAACUACCCUAUUGCUCAUGAUAAGAGACUUCAGCUCUUUUUUCUUGAACCUUUUGCCCAAAAACUGAAAAUUCUUUGAGCCUCCUUCAAGUGUGAGAAAAUAAUUGUACUUGAAAAAAUUUCCAGGGUUUCUUCUAAAUUCCAAACGUGGGAAGUUGUUACUUUUUGCAAUUUUUUCCAUCUCCAGGGAGUUUUUGUUGCAAAACAAUUUUCCAGGCGUUUUUUUCUGGCUGAAAUUAGGUUUUUCACUAUUCUUCUGAAAAUGUUUUCACUAUUUCUCUGAAAAAAAAACAAGAAAAAAAAGAGAAAUAGAAAAAGUUCAAUCAACAACUGUUGCACUUUUGUAUGUAAAAAAGACAAGAUUUAUUUUUUUUUCGGAGAUAUUUACGAAUGUUCUUGUAGUUUUUCAGUUUAAAAAUAUAGAUAUAUUUAGAAAUUCGAUCCAUUCUUUUCUCCUUUAUAUUCUUCAUGAAGAAAUAAAAAUAAAUAAAUAAAAAAUAAGCAUAGAGAAUAAAAUUUUACACUUGGUUAGCUUAUAAAUUUUUUCUCACAAUCAAACAACUGUUCCGACAGCUUUUUUAUAUUUAAAUUGAUUUUUUUUCUGAAAAAUAAUAAAUUCAAUUAAAAAGUUUCAAAAGGGUUUCCCCAUAAGGUUUCCAAUAAAAAAAGAUUAUUAUACUUAUUUCUUCUGAAAAUCUAUUCAAAAUGUAUUCUAGAAUGGUUUCAAUACGCACUUUAACAUGGACAUUUAUCCUAAUGCAAUUGGUUGUUUCUUGCGCAUUUUUUGUGGUUUCAUUAGCGAUUAUUUGUGCAAAAAUGAAUUCGAUUUCAAUAUUCGAGGAGAAAAAUAUAGUUAGGUGAGUGAUCGAAUAAAUAUAUGAAUAUCAAACAUCAAAAAUUAAUUUUGCAGCUUGGAUUGGUGGAUAUUUUGUGUACUGAGUUUUUCUAUGAUUAUAAAUACAAUUAUUGCGAUGUAUGCAUUAUCAGAACAUAAUAAAUAUAUGCUAAUUCCGCAUAUUGUUUUCUUGGUGAGUUUUUGUGGGGGGUUAAGUUAGAAGUAAUGUUGAUCCAAAAAUUUUGUUCACAUUUUUUUGAGAUUCAGGCUGUGCUUCUGACUUGGCCAUAUCUCUAAAUCCAAUCCAAACCAAUUUUUUUCCAGAUUUUGUGUAAUAUUCUUGGCCUACGAGUCUUCUAUUAUUCAAUAAAUAUUUUCGAUUCAUCGGAUUUUAAUUGCUAUAUUGGAUUAACAUCGAUAACAAGUGUUCAAUCAUUUCUUCUAUUUUGUCUCGUUUUCGAAAUUCGAACAUUUCGAUCAAUGACUUGGUUAGUUUAUUUUAUUUUUAGAAGUGUUCAAAAGUAUAGUGUUUAUUUCCAAUAUCAAAUUACCUAUCAAACAUUUUUCAUUCGAAAAUGAAAGAAUCUUUUACUUCUACUAAUCGUAUAACAAAAAAUACGGGAAAACCAAUACUUUGUAUUUCUUUAUUUUGUCAGACUAUUAUAUCACUUUAUUUACUCCAUUUUUGGUCUUCAUCUUUAUCUUUUUCAGAAAAUGAUGAAGAAGAUGAACAAAAUAGGUUCAAAAACUGAUAUUUUUCUGGAAAUAAUAAUAAUAUUUUUUUGCAGAAACAUCACAAUAUUCCAUUGUUGUUUUGCUCUAUUCAUAAUUUUGUUAUCAUUGUUAUCAAUUGCUUUAUUAGUCCGAAAUUGUGUUAGAUGCAUAAUUGCGCAUUUUGUGAUACAUGUAAGUUUUUAUUAAAAUUGGACAAGAGAUUGUGAGUUCUUUAAAAAAGUUAACCGAGGCAGCUCCUCAGAUCUAGAAAUUGGAUUAUUUGAAGUUGUACUCUAGCUCUUAAUUUUUCUAAAGUUUAUUAAUUUCGCAGCCAUACAAAUUCAAAAUAUUCCAGAUUUCUUUCAAAAUUAAUUUUUUCCAGAUAAUCAUCAGUUUGAUAUUUAUUGGAAAAUUAAUCACUGCAUUUUUCAUUGGAAACCUCCAAAUCACAAUUCCAAUGAUCAUCACAAAUAUCUCCAAUUUUUGCACAUUUUUCUUCGAAAUUAGAUAUUUUCAAAAACUUCCCAAAUAG